AAGUCGGUUAAGAACAAAUUCUUAUUUAUGAUGACGUCCUACACCGGCCAAACCCGGACGACACUGGGCCAAUUGUGCGCCGCCCUGUGGGACUCCCAAUCACGGCCGGUUGUGAUACAGCCUGGAUUCAAACCAGGGUGUCUAGUGACGCCUCAAGCACUGAGAUGCAGUGUCUUAGACCGCUGUGCCACUCGGCAGCCCAGCAACGACUCAAGUAGCGAAGUAAAGUAUAAAAAUGGACGUUACAUUUUUAAAAACCAAACAUUCAAAAACCGUUAUAGAAGGUCAAGUAAAGAUCCAAACUGGUCGGUGCAUCAAUACCACAUAUCGUAAAAUACGGAACACCCAGCACUAACCAGACGGCAUAUACACUACAGGUCAAAAGUUUUGGAACACCUACUCAUUCAAGUAUUUUUAUUUUUGCUAGAAUUAUAGUGAAGACAUUAAAACAUGAAAUAACACAUGGAAUCAUGUAACCAAAAAAGUGUUAAACAAAUAUUUUAGAUUAUUCAAGUACCCUCCCUUUGCCUUGAUGACAGCUUUGCACACUUGGCAUUCUUUUUUUUUUCUCUCUUUUUUUUAUCCCAUUUUCUCCCCAAUUUUCGUGGUAUCCAAUCGCUAGUAAUUACUACCUUGUCUCUUCGCUACAACUCCCGUACGGGCUCGGGAGAGACGAAGGUCGAAAGCCAUGCGUCCUCCGAAGCACAACCCAACCAGCCGUACUGCUUCUUAACACAGCGCGCCUCCAACCCGGAAGCCAGCCGCACCAAUGUGUCGGAGGUAACACCGUGUACCUGGCCCCCUUGGUUGGCGCGCACUGCGCCCGGCCUGCCACAGGAGUCGCUGGAGCGCGAUGAGACAAGGAUAUCCCUACCGGCCAAACCCUCCCUACCCCGGACGACGCUAUGCCAAUUGUGCGUCGCCCCACGGACCUCCCGGUCGCGGCCGGCUGCGACAGAGCCUGGGCGCGAACCCAGAGACUCUGGUGGCGCAGUUAGCACUGCGACGCAGUGCCCUAGACCACUGCGCCACCCGGGAGGCCCCACUUGGCAUUCUUUCAACCAGCUUCAUGAGGUAGUCACCUGAAAUGCAAUUCAAUUAACAGGUGAGCCUUGUUAAAAGUACAUUUGUGGAAUUUCUUUCCUCAAUCCGUUUGAGACAAUUAGUGGUGUUGUGACAAGGUAGGGGGAAGACAGACCAAGUCCAUAUUAUGGCAAGAACAGCACAAAUAAGCAAAGAGAAACAACAGUCCAUCAUUAGUUUAAAGACAUGAAGGUCAGUCAAUCCGGAACAUUUCAAGAACUUUGAAAGUUUCUUCAAGUGCAGUCACAAAAACCAGCAAGAUCUAUGAUCAAACUUGCUCUUGAGAUCCACCACAGGAAUGGAAGACCCAGAGUUAGCUCUGCUGCAGAGGAUACAUUCAUUAAAGUUACUAGCCUCAGAAAUUGCAGCCCAAAUAAAUGUUUCAGAGUUCAAAUAACAGACACAACUGUUCAGAUGAGACUGUGUGAAUCAGGCCUUCAUGGUUGAAUUGUUGCAAAGAAACCACUACUAAAGGACACCAAAAAGAAGGGACUUGCUUGGGCCAAGAAAUAUAAGCAAUGGACAUUAGACUGGUGUAAAUUUGUCCUUUGGUCUGGAGUCCAAAUUGAAGAUUUUUAGUUCCAACUGCCGUGUCUUUGUGAGACACUGUGUGGGUGAACGGAUGAUCUCUGCAUGUGUAUUUCCCACCAUAAAGCAUGGAGGAUGAGGUGUGGGGAUACUUUGCAGGUGACACUGUCAGGGAUUUAUUUAGAAUUCAAGGCACACUUAACCAGCAUGGCUAUGACAGCAUUCUUCAGCGAUACGCCAUCACAUCUGGUUUGCGCUUGUUUUUCAACAGGACAAUAACCCAACACACCUCCAGGCUGUGUAAGGGCUAUUUUACCAAGAAGCAGAGUGAUGACAUGCUGCAUCAGAUGACCUGGCUUCCACAAUCCCCAGACCUCAACCCAAUUGCGAUGGUUUGGGAUGAGUUGGAUGGCAGAGUGAAGCAAAAGCAAGUGCUCAGCAUAUGUGUGAACUCCUUCAAGACUGUUGGAAAAGCAUUCCUCAUGAAGCUGGUUGAGAGAAUGGCAAGAGUGUGCAAAGCUGUCAUCAAAGCAAAGGGUGGCUUCUCAAAUAUGAAAUAUAUUUUGACUUAACAUUUUUAUUUUUAUUUUUUUAUACUAGAUUCCAUGUGUAAGUUCAUAGUUUUGAUGUCUUCACUAUUAUUCUACAAUGUAGAAAUUUGUUAAAUAAAAUCUCGAAUGAGUAGUUGUUCUAAAACUUUUGACCGGUGGUAUAUAUUUAUCAUUGCUGCACUAGAAUUUAAUUUUGAAACAAACGUUUGAAAUAUCAGACAGAAAAUGCUCUGGGUUCACAAGAUGUAUCAUCAUUAGGGGUCCAAAUGAUGAACAAAGAAUAGAAAAGAGCAGAGACUGAUUUUUUUUUUAAUUGAGCAGACUUAAAAGAACACUAGUUUCUGACGUUGUCUUGGUAGAAUUCUGGGUGCAUCAUCACAUGUGAAGAUAAGAUCUUGAUGGAAUGAAGCCCCACUAAGAUGAGUAAACUCCUGAGUUCUUGGUUAUUUCAGCUGUCAUGGGCAAGCUCAGCUCUGGUGUGACUGUCUGCCACUGACCUCCAGGUUUUCACUCCUAGGCAGAUUAGUGGAGUCUCUGAAGCAGCCUGAAACCCCCGACAGAGUCCCAUAGGCAGCAAACUCCCUCCCUGCGCUGAAUCGUUUCUCUAGCGUCCCCUCUGAGUCUCCUGGUAUGUUCUCCAACCUCCACUCCUCCCUUGCUCCCGCUAAGGUGCGGAGGAGCACCUCCAAGUAUCCCUACAGCAGCACUGAGAACCUGGCUGCCAUAGGAUCUUCCCCCAAUGGAUCUGACAAGAAGCGGCAAGAUCCUCUGUCCCCCAGCCCAAUGGAACCGCAAAGCCAUGGAAAACCCAAUGCAGGCUUCAGAAUUGUCUCUACUAAAUCUGCUGUUGCAAGUGGUGAUCCUGUGCCAAUUAAGUCAGUUGAGGGCAAAAUACAUUCUCUAACACUUCCUGACUACGAUAGCCUGUUCCCACAGAAGAGACAUGGAGUACAAGGGCAUACUCGAUGGGACCAUAUAAUUGCAGAGGUGAAUCAGAGACAGCAAGAAUAUGUGCCUCGGCUCAUUGGUAAAGAGAUGAGUGUGGAUGGCCCAGACCUCGACUCACCAGGACAUCCACGCAAUGAUAAAUAUUCCUACUUGCAGGAGCGGGCAGCAGAGCACUUACACCAGCAAAAGACACAAGUUCAGGAAGUUCAAUCUACCUCUUUGAGGAGUGUAGGGCCCAGCAGUUUGCCAGCACUCACUCCCCCUUCCAAACCAGUAGCUGCAGUCCCCCUUAGACUAGUGGUAGACUCUAACACAAACCAAGACCAGAGCACUAUACAGGCUAAUCCAUCUGAGAGGCCCAAUGCCUUUGUCUCGACAAAACCCUUGGUUCAGAGCAGAGACUUACCCUUCGUGACACCUCGGGAGGAUGCAAAGAAGGUGAUAAACACAUCUGUUGCUACAGCCAGUGAUGGCAAACAUGUUUUCUCAACAGAAAAACCUAGACCUACAUCACGAGUGGUUUUGGUGUCAAGUUCUACAGAUGAACCUAAAGGACUGCCAAACACUCCCAAAGAGAUCCCCGCAGCCAAACCCAGACAAAGGUUAGUCCGCAAAGAGCCAUUGAGACCUGCAGAUCAUGAGCAGACAUCAGCAGGGUCUACCACUGUAGAGCAGGAGAACAGAUUGGAGAGGAGAGCCUCAACCCUCGAUAUCAUGAGAAGGAGUAGUCCAGUGACUGCAAAGAACACUGAGAUGACUGCUUACAAUGAAAAGCAACUCUUGUUUGACUCUGCAGAAAGCGACAUUGAUAAAAAAACACAGUUGGAACACAUUAUGAAAGUGAAGUUUGCUGAACUUGACCCCUUCCCCAUUGCUGAUAUCCUGCCUAAAGACCCAUGGGCCCAACCAGAGCCAAGCCACAGUGGAUAUUACUUGUUCACUGAAGAACCACAGAAAAACUGCAAGCUUAAAGAACAGGCAAUGACAACUGAUGACUUGGAUAAACUUUUCGCGCCAAACAAUCCAACAGAUCCCUUUGCUAGUUUUAAUGAUGGUGACUCAGAUGAACCUCGAGAGCAGGAAAAAACAGAACACAGUCCUGCUUUUCAAAGGGGAUUUUCCCAAAUUAAAAAGAAACAAGGAGCACCCCAGCCUUCAGCUAAUUCAAGUAAUAAAGCAGCGAUUGGAAAAAUUGAGCUAGAUAAACACAACCCUUCACCCAGAGAAGACAAGCUGAUCAGCUCAGCCGCUACAACAGGAUGUGUAAAACUGUCGCCUCAAAAUACUGGACAAAGUAAACUCUAUGGCAGAGAUGGGGUGGAAACUCAAGACAAGUGGGCAGCAGACCCUUUUACUUCCUCCUCCCAUGUACCUUCUGUCCUGACUUCUCCUGAGCCCCCCCAGUCCGUAGUGGGAGAGCUUACCUCACAGACCGGGGAAAAGACCCUGCUACGGUCCUGGGUCUCACCCUCUGAGCUGCAGCCACUCACUGUGCUGAGUAGCAAUGGUGGUGGGCCAGUCUCAACUCCAUGCAGGCCUCACCCAGUGAAGCCCAUGAGCUCCAUAGAGAGCCACGCUCCCAUUAGCACCCCGGUAGUUGGAGAGAUGUUGACUUAUGACCGCACCCUGGGGAAGAUGAAGGCGCCAGGCAUGGUGGAGAGUGGGCCCUACACCCAGCUGACCCAGGAGGAGUUGAUUACCCUAGUGGUGAAGCAGCAGACGGAGCUCUCCAAGAAAGACUCAAAGAUCGUUGAGCUGGAGGAGUACAUAGACAACCUGCUGGUGCGUGUAAUCGAGGAGAAGCCCAGCAUCCUGCUGGGCCUCAACUCUGUCAAGCAGGCCCUGUAAGGUAUGAGGAGUGGAACAGGGAACCGUAAGAUCAAGGGAGAUAUUUAGGCUUCCACUCCAACAUCCCCUGUAGUUUGUGUACGUGUGUGGUCUUUCUAUUGCAGUCACUGUGUAUUGGAUCGAGCAAUCUCUUAUUUCCUUUGAGCAUAUGCACUUUUUUUGUCUCCAUGAGGAGUUGGACUAAGACAAUCUCGAGGUUUCUUUUCAGAAUGCUGGAAUGCAUGCUGAAUAGUUUUUUUCUAGAACUAUCACUAGAUGCUACAUCGCAUCAAAUUAUUUUACAAGGUUUUGAAAAUUAAUACUGGGUUCUUUUUAUAGUCAUUUACCAUAUGUGAACAUUUCUUGUCAUUGCGUUGGUACUUUAUAUGCUGUAUAAACCAUAAUUGGCCCUCAUUAGGCAAAAUGGAACUGGAAGCUCUAGGUAUGUUGAUGUCCAUGUCACUGAUGAAAUAUCUCUGGCCAGGCCUUUGCACAGUGGUUCCAUGUUGCCUACAAUUUUGUGGAUUUUAAUUAUGCCAUCUUGCUACUUAUACUUUGGUAUCUGCUCAUCCCAAAGCCGUAACACACAUAAUAAUAUGCUGGUUAGUGUUUGUUUUGUUGUGUUCUUAAACCUUGAAAUUUCCUUGUUUUUCUAGGGUUAUGUUUGAUCCUUUUCUUUAAAUGAUCAUGACGUGCCUUGAUGCUACUCCUUCUUGGUGUAUUCAAUCAAACAAAAGUGUUAAUCUAAUACCUAAUCGGAUUAUUGCGGGGUAUGGUACAAGUACGUUAACCUCUCAAAGUAAAUAUUGCCUCCAUAGUGACAUUUUAGAUACACAAUGGUCUUACCUUAGUUAGCCUAGUUUGUUUAAGCAUUAUUGAACCUGUGAUUUAGGCUAGUUCACACAGGGUUUGAUUGGAAAUGCAUAUCUGUCAACAUUGCUUAUUUUAGUUUCUUAGUUACCUUUCUCCUUAUUUUAGUUUCUUAGGUACCUUUCUCCUUAUUUUAGUUGGCAGUAUGAAAUAUUUUUUAUAUGUGUCUAAAGGAGGAAACCAUCAUUUACAAAACCAGAGAUGGAUAGAGAACCAGCUAUUUAUUCCAAGGUUGAGGCAGUAGUGUGGAUCACGCUAACUAUAGAUGGAGAGAGACCUGCUGUUCACUGUUUUCAUUAUUUUAUGUCUGUAUUAGCUACUCACUUGACUGUGCAGAGCACAAUCUUUUCUAUUUAUGCAAAAUAAUGUCAAAUAUUUUAUGCAAGAGUAAUGACUAAGUUCAAAUCGAUACACUUUGAGAAAGAUCUUCCAAUAUAUUUAAGCAUUAUGAAUGUAGUUUCAAAAUGAACCUUGUCCUUGUUAGAUUUAAUGCCUUUUAAUUAAGCAGUAGGCUUUGACUAUAGCCUUACAACUUGUGUAAAUCUCUACGUCUCUGAAUGUAAUCUACUCAAUGUUUCUUCGGCGUCUAUGCCUUUGUGAAAUGUCAUAGCAAUAAGAAACAAUAUAAAUCAUAAACAUUUCUGAUUGUGCCUUCAGGGAUUUUACUCAUAAGACUGUGAUUACUGUAAAAUCUGGAUUCCGUAAGAUGGUUGCACCUUUUUAUGUUUACUGGUGUUAAAUUCAGUGUAUGUGAACACUAUGUGAUAUUUUCAAUUAAAAUGAAGUACAGUAAAUCA